UUAUGGAAUGGUUACCACUCAGGUCAUCUGUUUAAGUUGCAGAAAUGAGAUUACCACCUCUUGUAAAAGUCUCACCCACUUUCCUUUUAGUUUGACACCGUGCCUGACACCACAGGCUUCUCCAACAGCGUAACACUCAAAGGCUUCAGCAUGAAGGUGGAGGAAGUGCUGGAAGCUAAAUGCGAGCCUGACGACGAGGUGCCUGGACAGGGCGACGUGAGCAUGCUCAGCGUGAACUCCCUGAGACGCAGCAUCAGCCAGGUGAUGGACGGGAAGUCGCUCGCGGGGGACGACGAAGUGUGGGACCCGAACAUUUCAGGCCAUGACAGUGGGAUGUUCAUGGACGACGAGGAGUUCGUCGACACCGUCAAAGGCUUCAGCACCGUGAGGAAGGAACACACCAUGUUCACCGACACCAACUUGUGACCCCGGCCCUGGGUGUUUAACGAUUACACAACGAGGCCCCAUGCUCAUGUGAAGUCCACUUUGUCUUUUGUGCAGUUCCGAAGAACUGAAGCGUCACUGUGGCUCGUUAAGAGGUGUCAAGAGGUCACAGCUGAGGGAAAAGAGAGAAAAUAAAGGAGACCAACGUGACUGAAGACAAGAUCAGCAGGAUACGUGAUGUGCAAAGAGAAUGAAAACGUUUUCUGACAUCUGGAGGAGGAGGAUCCCUCUGAUGGAAGCACGUGUUUUUGUGGAGGUGCUUGACAUUAAAAUGAAGAGGAAACUAGAAAGCAAACAAAAGAUGCAAACACACUGUAUUUAAUCUUUUUUUUUUCUUUAUUUGCCUUCCAGAGAAUUCUUUUAUUUGAUUUUAUCAUUACCAUGAUUUUUUGUAAGAGGUAGCUUUAUGUGUGUUUGGAUGCUAUUUGGAAUAGAGACACAAAAUCUACAGCGAGCUCGCAAGAAUAUAAGGUGCCAUUAAGUUGUCAGUUGGUAGGUGAGAGGACCGUGCAAAGAACGCUCUCCUCUCUUCUUCUUUUUCUCCUGAAUGUCAUCAUGUGGUCAGAUUGUCCAACAGGGUAAGAUUGACGAAAUAUGGAAGUGUCUGAUUUAAACUGAUACUAAAAUUGUUCAGCAAGAUCAAAAAUGAAGUGCAAGAUUCUACUAUACAGUUAAAUUACAAGAGCUUGUGAGAUCCAAAGGGAAGUGAUAUCAUAGAGUUCCAGAUGAAGGUGGCCCCCGACGUCUAGAUACUGGUGGUGGUGGAGCAGAUUAGCUGAUGGGAGACUUCAGUUCAGACCAUGCAUGUGUGCUGAGGCCUACGUGGUCUGAAAGGCAGAUUUCCAUUAGACAGAAACUCAGUUUAAAUGAGGGCCACUUUGGACUAAUUGGCUCAGACAACGUGGGCAAACAGAUCCUCACACACAUAGUGACGCCGAAAUUGAGAAGUUCAGGAGAGCGGAACAAUGGAACGACAAAAUAGUUUAAAUUAACCAGAGAAGACUGAACACAAAACGUUUUAUUGAACCUUCAUCUAAACCAGGGUUUUUUAAGGACCCCAAAUGAUAGAUAGAGAUAGACACCCCACCUAUUAUAUGACUUCUAUAUUAAACUCAGCCUAGCGCUAUUUAUAAAUAUACAUUAUUAUUAUUAUUAAGCUAUC